AUGGCCAACUAUGUUUCAGAUACAAAAGAGCCUCGGAGUGACUACCAGUCUACCAGGAAAUUAUUGCCGCAACAACAAAAAAGGAAAACCCAGCAAAAUACUAGGAUCCUAAUUCGAUCCGGUUACAAGGAACGGAAGGAAUCUCGGGGGCAUGCAAACCGGAAAAUAAAAACGAAAGCUCUGGCAGAUACAGCUGAUCCAGCCAUGGAUUUCUCCACGUCGACGGACGUGCUGGUGGAGAUCCUGCUGCGGCUGCCGCCCAGCGCCCGCCGCCGUGCCCGGCUCGUCUGCAAGCUGUGGCGCGAGUCCGUGGACGAACGCACCACGGAGAUGCAGAGCCGCGCACAGCCCCUCCUCUGGAACACCCGCGCCGCCGUCGCCUACACCGACGGCCCCUCGACAGGGAGCUGCACCGACGUGUGGAGAAGCUCCAGGCCCUGCGCGGAUCCCUACGCCGACGCCGACCUGCAGCUGGUUGGCACCUGCAACGGCCUGCUCUGCCUCUGCGACAACGACGAGAGGAGUGGAGGCGCCGUCACCCUGGUCAACCCGGCGACCGGCGAGUCGCUGCUCGUCCCGCCGUUGCCGUGCACCGAGUACGUCUUCGGGCGCCGCCGCUGCCGUAGGAGAUGGGACAAGGCGUACAGCUUCGGGUACCACCCGACGUCGGGGCGGUACAAGGUGGUGCACGUCCCGUGCAGCUUUGGCGGCUGGUCCUCCAGCUCCGACGGGGUCUGUGACUUCGCCGCCCUGCAGGUGCUCACGCUGGGGCAGGAGGCGCCGUGGCGGGAGGUGCCGAGCCCCGGGGACACGAGGUGCAACCUCGAAGCCGGCAUCGUGAGCGUCGACGGCGCAACGUACUGGGUCACGGCGAGCAGCGCUGCCGCGAGGGUCAUGUCUUUCAGCCUCGACGACGAGCGCGUCGUUGCAUUUUCCAUGCCGUUGGCUGCUCUUUUGGCUGGGCCAGACAACUACCACCUCGCGGUCGCGGAGGUGCACGGGAGGCUGGGCAUGGUCGUACACGAUCGCUCCGCCUCCGGGAGGUCGACCGGGGUAUGGGUUCUGACGGAGAAGUGGCUCUGGACUCGCCGAUACAGCCUCCACUCCCAUGACCUCACGCGGCCGCACUUCGUCUACGGCGAGGACGUCCUGACUCACCAUGGGCGGUUGUUGUACGGUCACCGGCCAAAAUCUGACAUGCCUCUACCGUACCAAGUUAUGAAGAUCAAUGACAAGGAUCAAGGGACUCCGUUUGCAAGGGUCAGCGGCGAAACUAGCUUCUGCCGGAGCCGGACGUACGCGUACGUCCAGACGAUGGAGCCAUUGGGUGUUUACGCUGCCAGGUAA